UCCAGCAGCACUUAUUUUAAAAAAACCCGCCCUCUCCUUUACUGCUUCAGUGUCAGAGUCACAAGGACACUUAAUGUUUCAUCCUAUCAGGACCUGACUCCUCGUGCUGGUCUACUGAGAAAGUGUGGGUAUAAGAGACGAUAUCCAGAAGGAGGGGGAGAUUAUUUUGUCUGAAAUCUUUUUUUGCAGAAGGUUCUGUACAUAAAGCCUGAGGAGACUGAACGACAACUCUAAUCUGACACUUACCUGCUUUUAUUUCUGGUGGACAAUGCGGCAGGCUGCAACCCUCUCCUUACUGCUGUAUGCUGCCUGCUGUUUGGGCGUUUACGUCCCUUUCUCUUUCCAGAACAGGCUUUACUUGAGGAGCACCUAUGAUCUGAAGGAACGCCGCAAUGCCUUGGACACAGGAACCAACCGAGUGCUCAAGUUGGGCGCCGUCUUCAAACGAAACGUGCGCAAGCUGAGGGAGAAGAGCGACAACCUGGACCUGGUCUUCCUCGUGGAUGAGUCUUCUAGUGUGGGCAACGCCAACUUCAUCAAUGAGCUGAAGUUCGUCAAGAAGCUGCUGUCGGACUUCCCAGUGGUGCCGUCUGCCACCCGGGUGGCGAUAGUGACCUUCUCCUCCAAGAACAAUGUGGUGCCCAGGGUCGACUACAUCUCUGCCCCGCAGUACCACCAGCACAAGUGUUCACUGCUCAAUGAGGAAAUCCCCGCCAUCAACUACCGGGGAGGAGGGACCUUCACAAAGGGAGCAUUCCAGCAAGCAGCACAAAUCCUGCGACAUUCCCGCUGGAACUCCACCAAAGUGGUCUUCCUGAUCACGGAUGGGUACUCCAAUGGAGGAGACCCGAGGCCCAUCGCAGCAGCCUUGCGGGACAUGGGAGUGGAGAUCUUCACGUUGGGCAUCUGGCAGGGCAACAUUCGGGAGCUGCAGGACAUGGCGUCGCACCCCAAGGAGGAGCACUGCUACAUUCUGCACAGCUUCGCCGAGUUUGAAAGUCUGGCUCGAAGGGCUCUCCAUGAAGAUCUCCCCUCUGGGAACUACAUCCAGGAAUCCCCAUCUCGCUGUUCAUUCCUCUGUGAGUUGGGCCAGGACUGCUGUGAUGUGAUGGCAAGCUGUAAGUGCGGCACCAACACGGGCCAGUAUGAAUGCAUCUGUGAGAAAGGCUAUUACGGGAAAGGCCUCCAGCAUGAGUGCACAGCUUGCCCUCCUGGGACCUACAAGUCGGAAGGGAAGCCGGGGGGCAUUAGCACCUGCCUUAAAUGUCCCGGCGAGCACGAUACCUCCCUACCAGGAAGCACCUCCAUCGCGGACUGCGUCUGCAAGCAAGGGUACAGACUUGUCGGGCAGGUGUGUCAAGUGGUCGAGUGCCCCAUGUUACAGCCACCUCCAAAUGGUUACUUCAUACAGAACAUGUGUAAUAACCUAUACAAUUCUGCAUGUGGAAUACGGUGCCGGCUGGGCUUUGAUCUCGAGGGAAGCAGCAUCCGCCUGUGUCAAACUAAUGGCCUCUGGUCAGGUUCAGACCCCGAAUGCAGAGUUCGCACCUGCCCAAGACUACGUAAUCCUGAGCAUGGAUUUAUAAACUGCUCAACCCGUGAGACAUCGUACAAGACCAUCUGCCGUGUGACCUGUAAGAAGGGCUAUGUGUUGGAAGGGAGGUCAAAGCUGACUUGUUUGGCCAACAUGCUGUGGGAUGCGAGGGAACCAAAAUGCUCUGAAAUCCAUUGUCCAGCCAUACAAAAGACAGACGGUGCGAUGGUAAUCCCCCACCUCUGCAGGAAAGCUGCAGUCAAACCCGGGAGCGUGUGCCGUCUCACCUGUCGCCGUGGUUACAGUCUGUCAGGUGUCACGGAAAAAGUCCAAUGCACGAGUAAUGGCAAAUGGAGUCAGAAACUUCACAAAGCCAUUUGUCAAGAUAUCGAGCCACCCAAAAUCAGUUGCCCCAAGGAAGUCAAGGUGCAAACCUUAGAACAUCAGAAAACGGCAAAUGCCAUCUGGUUGAUACCAGAAGCAAAUGAUAAUUCCGAGGAUCAGGUAUUUUUACAAGUCACUCCUGCCGUGAUUCCACCCCACCUCUUCCCAAUUGGAGAAAUCACCAUCACCUACACGGCAACAGACAAAACUGGGAACAAAGCAAAUUGCUCCUUUAAUAUAAACGUUAUUGAUGCCGAACCCCCUGUUAUUGACAGGUGUCGUUCACCGCCGCCCAUCCUGACGCACGAGGAGACAUAUCCAGCCACCUGGGACGAACCGCAGUUUUCCGAUAAUUCAGGUGCUCCAUUAAAGAUUAAGAAGACCCAUUCGCUCGGAGAUCUCCUCCCUCGGGGAGAGACAAUUGUGCGCUACACUGCAACUGACCCUUCCGGCAAUGAGAGGACUUGUGAUAUCCACAUCAUCAUCAGAGAUACUGUAUGUGGAGUACCUUUCACUCCUUUGAAUGGAGGCUUCUCCUGUGCUGCAGAUGACUUGCGCGUGAAUUGCACAUUGUACUGCUUUGAUGGAUAUGGACUGGCUGACGAACCAAAUGAAAGUUACUAUUGUGCUCAUGAUGGCUUGUGGAUUCCAUCGUUUUCUUCUGCAAGGCCUGAUUGCUCCUCAAAACGCUUUGGGAACAUUGGCCACAAGAAAUUUGAGGUGCAAUACAAUGUCAACCGAUGUGAAGACUUUGGGCUGCUGAACAACUUUGCAAAGGUUUUCAACAACACUUUAGCUGAAAUGGUUCCAUCCCUGUGUGGCGACAAUAAUGACAUUCAAUGUGAAAUAGAGGACUUACCCAAAGUGCAGUGCCUGGAGUACAAUUACAAUUAUGAAAAUGGUUUCGCCAUCAUAGGGCCAGGAUUAUGGGGAGACAAUUACGAGCCAUUGAAUGAAAUGGAUUACACUUACGAUGAACCAGACAAUUCCCAUCGAUUACAAAAGCGAGCAACCAAGCAGGAACAUUUAACUGCACCUCCCAGGAUGUCACCCCUGAAGACAAAGAGACAAUCUAACAGGAAAAUUAGCUUCAAUGCUCAAGAAAUCGACCAGAAGAUCAAUCUGGUAUUUAACAUCAGUGCCAGCGUGGCACUGCCAGCAGAUCAAAAUGACACGGUGGAAUCUGAUAAUCAAAGGCGACUUCUUAGCACCUUGGAACGAGUGGCCAGCCGAUUGAAAAGAGCAUUGGACCGAGAACCUCUUUAUCAGGUUUCCUUUGGGUCUGAACUGGCUCGAUCAAACAGCAGGUCACUGGAGAGCGACAAAGCAUCCUUAUUCUGCAGACCGGGCUCUGUGUUAAAGGAACGAAUGUGUGUGAAUUGCCCGGUGGGGACCUUUUACUCUCUGGAGCACAUGGCUUGUGAGAGCUGCUGGAUCGGGUCUUAUCAGAAUCUGGAGGGACAACUGGAAUGUAAGAUGUGCCCCACUGGAACAUCGACUGAGUACAUGCACAGCAGGAGAACGGAUGAAUGCAAGGGUCAGUGUAAGCCUGGAACCUACUCUCCAAAUGGCCUGGAAACUUGUGAAUCAUGCCCAUUGGGAACCUUUCAGCCUGACUAUAGUGCAAAGAGUUGUCUUCAGUGUCCUGAAAAAUUGACCACAGUGAAAACAGGAGCCACUGAGGUUUCUGAAUGUGGAGUGCCGUGUGCUGCAGGUCACGUUUCCCGCUCUGGGAUAAUGCCAUGCUACCCUUGUCCCAGAGAUUACUAUCAACCCAACGCAGGGAAGUCGUUCUGUCUAGCCUGUCCAUUCUACGGAACAACCACGGUCACUGGUACCACCUCCCACACCGACUGCUCUGGUUUCAAUUCUGGACAUAUACCAGAAACUGCCAGCCUACUAAUACCAACACCUUUGGAGAGCAGACCAAAAUCGAGAGUAAGCCAGGAGUUCAAUGAUUGUUUCCUGCACCCAUGUCAACAUAAUGGAAGCUGUGAAAGUAUUGGAUCUGGAUAUGUUUGUGUGUGUCAGCCUGGAUUUGCAGGUACCAACUGUGAAACAAAUAUCAACGAGUGUGCUUCAGACCCCUGCCACAAUAAUGCAGCAUGCCAGGAUGGAAUUGGAAGGUUUGUGUGCUUGUGUCAGCCUGGUUUUAUGGGUCAAUUCUGUGAAGAAGCGCUGAAUGAAUGCAUCUCCCAACCAUGCCUCAAUGAAGGAAAAUGCAUUGAUGGGAUUAAUGCUUAUUAUUGCAAAUGCACUCAUGAGUUCAAAGGAGCCCAAUGUGAACUGGAUAUCAAUGAAUGCCUGAUGACACCAUGCCUCAACAAUGGCACAUGCCACAACGUGAUUGGUGGAUUUCAGUGUGCAUGCCGGCCAGGUUUCCGGGGUGACACAUGUGAGGUUAACAUCAAUGACUGCGCCAGCCUGCCUUGUCUGAAUGGAGGGUCCUGCAUUGAUGGUAUCAAUAACUUCAGAUGUCAGUGUCCUGCAGGCUACAGUGGUGUGGUCUGUGAAAUCGACGUGAAUGAAUGCGAGUCCAAUCCAUGCUUGAACCAGGGGGUGUGUACCGACACACUGGCCUCAUUCAUCUGCAAGUGUCCACCCGGCUACAGUGGGACACGAUGUGAAAUGGAGUUGUCCUCCAACUUUAACCUGGAUUUUGAUGUUUCGGGGAUCUAUGGCUAUGUUCUAUUGGAUAAUGUCUUGCCAACACUCAGUGCACUGACCUGUGCUUUCUGGAUGAAAUCUUCUGACACCACAAACUAUGGGACUCCGAUUUCUUAUGCCUUGGAUAAUGGCUGCGACAAUGCAUUCUUGCUAACGGAUUACAAUGGUUGGGUGUUUUACGUCAACGGUAAGGAAAAAGUAACUGAUUGCCCAUCAGUCAAUGAUGGCAAUUGGCACCACAUCGCAGCAACGUGGAAUAGCACAGAUGGGGCAUGGAGAGUUUACAUAGAUGGGAAAGUCUCUGAUGGAGGCAAGGACCUUUCCACUGGGAAAAGCAUUCCAGGUGGUGGAGCGCUGGUGCUCGGACAGGAGCAGGAUCUAAAAGGGGAAGGCUUCAACCCUGCAGAGUCUUUUGUGGGCUCAUUGAGCCAGUUAAAUAUUUGGGAUUAUGUUCUGACUCCAGAUCAGAUAAAGUCGAUGGCCACUGCCUGCCCUGAAGACCUCACAAAGGGCAACGUAUUAGCUUGGCCUGAUUUUGUGGCAGGAAUUGUCGGCAGAGUGAAGAAGGAUUCCACAAGUGUUUUCUGUGCUGAUUGUCCUGUGCUUGAAGGAUCUCAACCGAGUCUUCAGGUGUCCAGUACUGAUUUGAAACCAGGUUCAAGGGUUGAAUUAUCUUGUGAACGCGGUUACCAUCUUAUAGGUGACAGUCUCCUGCAUUGUCGGAACUUGGGAGCAUGGAGCUAUCCAAUACCGUCCUGUGAAAGGAUUAACUGUGGCUUGCCUCCAGCCCUUGACAAUGGGAGCUUUACUGCUGAGGACUAUCUUUUUGGCAGUGCUGUGUCCUACCUGUGCAACAAUGGUUACUACCUGCUAGGAGAUUACAAGCUAUUCUGUACUGAUGAUGGAAACUGGUCCGGUGUCGUGCCUGUUUGCCUAGACUUUGAUGAAUGUGCCCUUGGAUCAGACUGCGAUAAAAGAUCUGACUGCAUUAAUACCAUUGGAUCCUACACCUGCACCUGCAGGCCACCAUACACCGGCCAUGGGAAAAAUUGCACUGAUCCAGUCCAGUGCAGAGACCCUGGGAGACCUGCUCACGGACUAGCCGAGGGUGCCGUGCACUUUGUAGGUAGUCAGGUGACUUUCUCUUGUGACGAUGGCUACGAGUUGAAUGGAACUGCAAAUGUCACAUGUCUGGAGGAUGGCCGGUGGAGUGACACAGUGCCACGCUGCCAAGCUCAAUCCUGUGGCAUGCCUGGUGUCCCAGCUAAUGGUACGACUGAAGGCACUGAUUUUACCUAUGGUAUGAAGGUGGUGUACAGUUGCAAUAAGGGAUAUGUGUUGUCUGGAACAGCAGAAAUCUCUUGUUUAGCCAAUGGUAGUUGGAGUCAUGAAACACCUACUUGUGAACAUCUGAUGUGCCCUACUCCACAGGAUGCAGACAAUGGAAGAUACAUCAUGAAUGGCUUUUCCUAUCUCUCCACCGUUACAUAUGUCUGCAACAGCGGAUAUCAGUUGCAUGGACCAGAUGUUUUAGUCUGCAAUGGCACUGGUCAAUGGAAUGGCACCUUCCCUGUGUGUGAGAUCAUAUCAUGUGGGCCUCCACCAUCGCUUCCUAGUGCUAAUGUUGUUGGAAGCAAUUUUACCUUUGGAAGCACCAUUGUCUACAGUUGCAAGAAAGGCUAUACGUUGCUCGGUGUGGAGACCAAGCAGUGCCUGGCUAGUGGAGAGUGGAGCCACAGCACUGUGCAAUGUGUCCCCAUGUCAUGUGGCCCAGCCCCAAACAUUGACCACGCUUUUCCAGAAACGGGUCACCAGUUAUACGGAGACACGGCGAUCUACUACUGCACGGACGGGUACAGCAUCUCGGGCAACUCUUGGCUGCUCUGUGACUCCACAGGAACGUGGACCCCUCCAGAAGGCCAGGCCACGCCGCGCUGUGUGGCCAACUUCUGCAAGAAACCAACAUUUGCACCCCAUGUGAUUUUGGAGACGGUCGACAAAGAGAAAUACCAGGCGGGCUCGCAGGUGGUGUACAAGUGUGAGGAGGGCUUCAUGCUGAACACCUCCAUCGCCAUCGAAUGCACCCGCGGUGGCCUGUGGCUCCCCUCUACCUUCAGUGUGCAGUGCAUCCCCGUGCGCUGCGGGAAACCGCCGAACAUUGAGCGAGGCCAAGUGAGCGGCACCAACUACAGCUUCGGUGCCAUCGUGGCCUACAGCUGCAGCAGGGGCUUUUAUGUCAAGGGCGACAAGAAGCGAGCAUGCCAGGCCGACGGAGAGUGGAAUGGCCGCCUGCCCAGCUGCCAGCCUGUGUCGUGUGGAGAACCGCCUCACUUAGUCAACGGACUUGUCCAAGUUAAGAAUGGCACGCUGUUUCAGAGCAAAGUCAGGUAUCAUUGUCACCAUGGCUAUCGAUUGGUGGGGAGUCCCAUUCGUACCUGCCAAGGCAAUCGAAACUGGCACAGCGAAUCGUACCCUUCCUGCAUCGCCGUGGUCUGCGGGCCGCCUCCAGCUGUGAAACACGGACGCUUCGUGGGCUCCGGGUUCAUCCUCGACGCGCGGGUCGAGCUCCAAUGCGAGGAAGGGUAUGUGGUGUCUGGAAAAGCAACGAUGGCCUGUCGGGAGGACGGCCUGUGGGAUGCAAGCCAACGUCCUCAUUGCAUUCCGCUGCAGUGCCCCGAGCCAUCGUUGUUGGGACGGGACAGCAAUCUGCUCAUCCACCAGACAGACACGGGUGGAGUCGUCCUGCUGGAGUGUGCUGAGGGCCACGUCCUGGAGGGAGCGUCCAGCCUCAAGUGUCUGGAGUCACAGCAGUGGAACGACUCCUUCCCUGUUUGCCAGCCCAUUAUCUGCGGCAAGCCUCCGGAACUUCAGUAUGGUGACGCCUUGUUUUCUGACCUUCACUUCGGCAGCACUGUCAACUACACCUGCACCGGUGGGUUUGUAUUGCAGGGGCGGCCGUUACUGACCUGCCGAGCCGACAAAACUUGGGGGGACGCCGUGCCGGAGUGCGUGCCGAUCGAGUGCUCUCAGCCGGAUUUGAUCGGGAACGGAAUCGUGGACAUCCAGGGGCUGACAUAUCUCAGCCACGCCGUGUACACUUGCAAGCCCGGCUUCCGUCUCAGGGGCAACGCUGCCGUCACCUGCGGUGAGAACGGCGAAUGGCUGGGAGGACGGCCUGUCUGCCGGCCAGUAGAAUGCCCACCUCCCCGGGCAAUAAAGAAUGGAAGAGCCAACUUUGAGAAGUUGUACUACCGGGAAGCCCUGACAUACGGGUGCAAUACAGGCUUCAAGCUGGAAGGCCAGGAAAGGCUGACUUGUUUGGAGACAGGCGAGUGGGACGCAGAGGCACCCAUCUGCAAGCUUUUCAGAUGUGAACCACCUCAGCUUAUAGACAAUGGCUUUGUCGAGGGCUCUGACUACAGCUACGGCGCUCUCGUUUUCUACAGCUGCUUCCCUGGCUUCCAUUUGGUUGGCAAUCCCACGCACAUCUGUGAGGAAUCCGCCUGGUCCACUAUGGCCCCACAUUGUGCACCUGUAGAUUGUGGGCUGCCUCCCCACAUAGAUUUCGGAGGGUACUUGGUCACCCGGAAUCAGGAUGGAGAUGUUCAUGGCGGAUCUGUAAACCACGCGGGUCCAAGUGACAAAGGGCAUGGCUCUGACAUCGCAACUAAUCUCCUCCCGUCAGACCUCGAUCCAAAGAAAAGUGUUCCCGCUUCUAGCUCUGAGCGUGUCCCACAUCCCAGGUCCAGCGACAACAAGCAAAUGUGGAAUAAUCCAAACGUAGACAUUCUGCAGAGCUCCGAGUUCAUGAGUGGAACAGUGAUUCAGUAUCACUGUUAUAACAGCUACGAGCUGGUAGGAUCGCAAAUCUUGGAAUGCCAAGAAGAUGGCACUUGGAAUGGGAGUGCACCCGCCUGUCUCCUGAUUGAGUGUCAGCUCCCUGUGAAACCGGAAAACGGUUAUGUUAAGUUUUCCAGCAACUUGCUUGGCAGCAGGAUAGAGUAUGGGUGUGAGCUUGGCCAUGAGCUCGUUGGCUCGGCCACCAGGUACUGCAGCUUCAACAGCGAGUGGGGGGGCGAUCCUCCCACCUGUCAACCGGUCUCAUGUGGCCUUCCCAGCCAAAUCCAAAAUGGCGUCACAAUGGGUGACAACUACAUUUACUCCAGCAUGAUAACUUAUGCCUGCAAAUCUGGGUUUUUACUGGUGGGGCAAAUGGAAAGGACUUGUCAGGGCAAUGGGAAAUGGAGCGGAGAAGUACCGCAGUGUGUCCCCAUCUCCUGUGGGCCACCCCCCGUUCCCGACAAUGGCAAUGUGACCGGACUGGAUUACACUUUCCAGACGCUGGCAACUUAUAGUUGCAACAAUGGGUACAUGAUUAAAGGAGGUUUGACUCGUACCUGCCUUGCCGAUGGCAACUGGAGCGGGGAGAUGCCAGAAUGCAUAGAGACAACAUGCCCACCGCUCACUGCGUUGCUGAAUGGCCAAAUCACAGGAUCUGAAUUUACGAAUGGGAAGAAGAUACAAUUCCAUUGUAUGGAUGGUUACUUAUUACAUGGUGCACCAAGCCUUGUGUGUCAGGGUGAUGGAAGCUGGAGUGAUGAGGCACCUCAAUGCACCCCAAUCAACUGUGGUCCUCCAGAAGAUAUCUCCCAUGCAUUGAUUCGUGGGUCUAGCUUCAGCUUUGGGGACUCCGUGAAGUACGUAUGUUUUCUUGGAUAUGGACUGAUAGGCACUUCAGUCAGACAUUGUCUACAGAAUGGGUUAUGGAGUGGCAGUGUUCCAAAAUGUGAACUGUGCAAAUGUACACAACCGGACAUCCACAACGGGUUUACUACAAAUCAAGACAUCAUUUGUGGAAACUUGGUAUCCUUCCAGUGCAUGGAGGGCUUUAAGUUACUGGGCCCUUCUCAAGUUCUUUGUGGAGCUGAAGGGAAGUGGAAUUCAAGCCUUCCCUACUGUGGCCGAAUUUCCUGUGGUGCUCCUCCGUUGAUACGCAAUGCAUUUUUUAACGGGAGCAGCUCCUUGCCGGAGAAUGCAGUAGCCUACAACUGCUUUCCUGGCUACAUCAUGAAGGGGAAGGCUGAAGUCUUCUGCACAGAGAGAGGCAAAUGGAGUCAGCCCUUUCCAACCUGUAUGCCCGUGAGCUGUGGGCCACCACCACCCUUACAGAAUGCUGUUGUUAUCGGUGAACAACACACCUUCAGGAGCAGAAUACAUUACAGAUGCUCAGAGGGCUACGUCAUGGAAUCAGAGGGAGAUACACAGACAUGUUUGGAAGACGGCUCCUGGUCCACUCAUAGUAUUGCAUGCAAACGCCAGAGCUGUCCCCUGCCAUUCACCAGUCAGGCAAAUGUUGUCUUCUCAGGAACAGUGUUUACAGUGAAUGAAGGUAUUGUCAUCUCCUGUGAAGAAGGAUACAGACUGUCAGGAGCCAACUUAUCUACCUGCCAGCUGAAUGGGUCGUGGAAUCCACCAAUUUCUGAUACUCUGUGUUCCGCUGUAUCCUGUGAAGAACCACUUCCCCCAGUGCAUGGCUCAGUUAAAGGAACAAGCUAUCAAUAUAAAGCCAGCGCGAUAUAUCAGUGUGACAUCGGCUAUGAGUUACAGGGCAGCUUGGAGAGAUUCUGCCAGACGGACGGGACAUGGAAUGGUACCCAGGUUUCCUGCAGGAGAGUCGUAUGUGAGCCAAGUCCAUUGGUAGAAAAUGCAUUGACUACUGGAAUGGAAGACACAUACAUGAGCAACAUCAGCUUUGUUUGUAACUUUGGUUACCAUCUCAUUGGACCGCAGAAUAUCACCUGCCUUGCUAACAGGACGUGGAGCCAACCUUUUCCCUACUGCGAGGCAAAGCAGUGCACGGCUCCUCCCAACAUUCCUGAAGGUGUCAUCCUUCCAGAGGGCGUUUUCUAUGUCAACCACAAAGUGACCAUUGAGUGCCAGAAAGGUUAUCAACUACAUGGGAACUCGGUCAUGAUGUGUAGUCCUGACCUGACAUGGAGUCCAAUCACUGCCACCUGUGAGAAGAUAUCCUGUGGAGACCGAGUACAAAUCCCAAAUGGGUUUGUACGAGGUGUGCAACACCACGUGGGAGAUGUAGCAACGUACUCCUGUUACAGUGGAUACAUGCUCGAUGGGCCCAGAACAUGUAGCUGCCUGCAGAACGGAUCUUGGAGCACUCCACCCAUUUGCCAAGCGGUUUGCAGGUUUCCUUGCCAGAAUGGAGGAAUUUGCAGAAGACCAAACGCCUGCAGCUGCUCAGAAGGAUGGAUGGGGCGACUCUGUGAAACACCAAUCUGCAUUCUGCCUUGUUUGAAUGGAGGCCUGUGUUCAGGACCAUACCAAUGUGAUUGCCCACAGGGGUGGACUGGCUCACGAUGUCAUCACGCGGUGUGUCAAACCCCCUGUUUAAACGGUGGCAGAUGCAUUCGACCAAACCGGUGUCAGUGUUUGCCGAUUUGGAGUGGCAGUGACUGUUCCAGGGGGAGAAAGUCUACCUACUUCUCCUAAAGGCAUAUCCUGCUAAGAAUCUACAUUAACCAAACUACUAUGAAACCAAACACCAGCGUACCAUUAACUAAACUGUCCAUUUAAUUGUUUGAAAUCCUGAUAUAUGUUGAUAUUUUGCUGUGAAACAAAGCUGUAUUUUUUCAUAGGGUAAUAUACUGUAAAUGUUUUAACUAAAUUGUAUAAUGCGGUAAGGCCUCAUUGACAAGUCAUGAUUUUGAGCUUUUUUUAUACCCGUGACUGCUUUAGCUGUCAGGCUGAGCUUCACGUAAAGAGGAUUUAUUUUAAGGAAGUGGCAGUUGUAAAAUUUUAAUUCUUGGUGUUUUCAAUGUUUUUAAAAUCAGAACAUUUCUGGCUUACCUGGCCUUUGCAAGUGCAGGUGCACCUAUACUCAACUUCGUUAUAUAUUCAGAUCAAAACAUGAGCUAAUUUAGUCUACAAGUGGGUCUAGAUCUCACUAAACAAAUGACUGAAACUGCCCCAGUCUGUAUCUGUUUGAUAUGAAGUCAGUGAGCUCCAGACCCUGUAAUAGUAAGACCACAAGUAGCCAUUUUUAUUUUUUCUUAAUAUGUAUAUAUGGAUUCAGUAAGUGAACAAAAUCCUGUAUGAACACCGUCUUUCAUGCAUCAUCAUUUAAUUCUACAAAUAAAAACAAUAAAGACAUAAUGUUGUG